AUGGAGGAAAAUGAGGAGAGUUUGAAUAGAAAGGUAAGUCUCAACAUCUACUACAAUAUAUCCUUUCUUGGAGCAUAUAUAAGUAUAAACUUUUUAAUAUUUUUGUAUUUUUAGAUCGGCGAGCUUAUAAAGUUGGCCAGAACAAAGCCAAAAGAUGAAACUGAAAGAAGUCGUGUGUCCUAUCUUCAAGAAGCCGAAGGGACCAUUUUCUCGGAAUCUGAGCUCUCGUUGUUGGACAAUUUCCUCGAUGAAAUGCUCGAAUUCCUCUCCGAACGGUCUGGUAGCGAGCUGAACAAAUUCACGUUGAGCUUCAUUGAGAAAGCAAUGUAAGUUUUUGAAUUAUUUUUGUUUUUUGAUUUUAGAGGUGUCAUGGGGAAGAUUUUGAUAUUAGACAUGGUUCCACUGAGUGGCUUGAGUGGAAAUUGGUCUUAAAUUGUAACUAAAGUCUUACUACAAAUGCUACAAGCAAUGAGAAACUCUGGUUUUGAUUGUUCUGCCUUUAAAUUGUAACUUUCUAAAUACUACACCUCUCUAGUAUAAUAUCCAAAUUUAUUUCAGCAACAAAGACCCAGAUGUUCUGAAAAAAGCCAUACAGAAUCUCACCUUUAUUCUCGAUGAAAACACCCCAUAUAACCCGCAAAUUCAAAAGAGAGCCAUCGCAACUUGCACAAAUAUUUAUCCCAAUAUCCUCAAAUGGGCUUACGAGCGAAAAAACGACCCAGAAGCCACGAAAUCAUGGCAGUUGUUUGCCAAACUAAAAGCCAGGGUGUUGUCCUUCCUCGACUCACCCAAUGAAGGCUUCCGAGUCUACAGUGUGAAGUUUAUGGAGAGCGUCAUCUUGACUCAAAGUUGUCGCUCCGAUUUUAGCGUGGUCCGAGUAAGUUUGCAUUUUUUUGAGGGGAAUUGUAUGUUUAGGAAGGCGAUUCACGCUUUGAUUUGACUGGCAUCAGCCUGAUUGACCAUCGGUUCAUCUCUCAACGUCAAAUGGAGAGCGAAAUGAACCAUGCGUUCACCAGACUGAUCGAUGAACUCAGCUCCUCUUCUAUCACUUCUCAGACGUUGUUGGCGAUCUUACAAGUGCUUUGCAAUAUUGCCAAACAACGGCCGGAAAGAAUGACUCAGGUUGGUUGACUUUUUUUUAUUUGGAUUUGAGAUUUUAGAACACUUUCGGAGAUGGUAUAGGGCGCAGGUCGCCGAAAUGGGAAGGCCGUGAAAUAUGGCAAAGAGAGUAACAUAAAGACCAAUUUGAUUACUGGCGAAGUCUUAUGUGAAAAUUUGAGAGGAUUUUGAAAAAUUUUGGGUUUUCAAAGUCCCGGGCGCAACUAGCCAGAAGAAAAUUGAAAAAAAAUUACAAAAUUUACCAAUUUCUUUAGGUUUGACGUAAAUGUAGGCAUUAAAUUGGAGUAUUUUAGGUCAUCAGCUCCCUCGAAUCCCUCCAUAUCAAUCUCCCGCCAACCUUGGCCACUCAUCAAGUCAAAUCCUUGAGAAAAGAACUCCGUUACCACAUGCUGAAGAUGCUCAGACACCCCGUCAAUUUCUCCCAUCAUCCUCGAUUACAGCACCUCCUCACUGAGCUGGGGUCCUCGCAAUCCGAAAUUGAACGGAAUAUGCCCGCAAGGCAAGAAGUUGCGGCCGUCGUACAAAAAAGAAGCGCUUUGGCCAGAGCGGCCGCUGGCGCUGCCCAUCAACCGGGUCCCUCAACAUCCAAAGAGGGUCCAAAGAGACCUGGAGAGGGCAGUGGACCAGAGGAUUCGAAGAAAUUCAAGGUGAGGAGGGUUGAAUUUGAAAAAAUGAAGAUUUUUGUUAAAAAAGUUGAUUUUUUUGGAAUUUUUGUGAGUUACAGUAAUCCAGGCGGGCAGAGACAGAUUUUUUUGGCAUGAUGAUUUACUAGAGAGCAGUGGGGUUCUGCUACAGCGAUUUUUAUAGAUUUUUGAAAACCUUCGGAUAUUACUCUAGACAAAAAAUUUCGAAAAUUUUGAGAAAAAGUGUGUUUUAGAGGUUGGAAAAGGCUUGAAAAUGCAAAAGAAAAUUUUGAGAAGACAUUUGGAACCGUUUGAAAUAAUUUUUAGCCACUUGCCGGUAUUACUUUAGACAAAAAUUUGGAAUUUUUGUAAAAAAAAAUUAAUUUUUUGUUGAAUUCAAGUAAAAAUCCUAAUAAUUUUGAAUUUCAGCUGAAUGACGAGGACUAUUUGGACGAAGGAACGGCGGAAAUCCUGCGCUCGGCCGACGGAAAACAGGAUUUGGCCGAUGCCAGCCAGAAAGCCAUCGACAUCACCACCGAUUUUGUGAAUGAUCGACUCUCCCUGAAUGUGGUUGUAAAGCUGGUAUCAAUAUCUCUGUUCACCCUGCCCGACGAAAUGCCUCCGGCCUUCCAAGCCACCUUUACCCGAAUCGAUAAUGCCGGAACAGAGGAGCAGAAAAGACAUUUGGCCAGAAUCAUUGCAAUGCAGUUGACCAGGGAAGGAAUUGGACCCGGAAUUGAACACUUGAGAGAGCAGCAACAGCGACAGUAUUUGGGUGAGGGAUUUUUUAUGAUUUUUUUAUAUUUUUAGGAUUUUUUUUGAAAUUCCAAAAAAUUGUUUUUAAAAAUGUCAUACUGUGAUUUUUGGGUCAAAAACAUAAAUUUAAAGACUAUUACUGAAUUUUUAAACCUCUGAAAUUGAAAAAAAUCCAAUUUUUUAAAUAAUGAUGUAAAUUUUUAUUUUUUUUUCAGCCCGUCAAGCAGCCCGCCUUGAAGGCGCUGUUAUCCCACCAACCCCUGGAAGAGAGAACGAAAAGGAAAAACCAACCACCUCAAGGGAUGGAGGAUUCGCCAGACCAGCGGUGAGAUUUUUUUUUGUUUUUUUUUUUUUUUGAAUUUUCGGAUUUUUUUUUGAAAAAAUCAAAGAAAAUUGCAAUUUGGCCUCAAAAAUGUUAUCCUGUCCUUUACUUCCCCACUUUUCACAGCCUAUUCCAACAAAAAAAUUUACUGCACGGUGCAGCCGAUUUUUUCAACUAUUUUCCCCCAUUGCACUGUGCAAAAUUUUUUUAGUGCACCGUGCAGCCGAUUUUUUAAACUAUUUUCCCCAUUGCACUGUGCAAUUUUUUUUUACUGCACCGUGCAGUCAAUUUUUAACACUAUUUUUUCCAUUGCACCGUGCAAAAAUUUUUACUGCACUGUGCAGCCGAUUUUUUCAACUAUUUUUCCCCCAUUGCACUGGGCAAAAUUUUUUUAGUGCACUGUGCAGCCGAUUUUUUCAACUAUUUUCCCAAUUGCACUGUGCAAAAUUUUUUAGUGCACUGUGCAGCCGAUUUUUUCAACUAUUUUCCCCAUUGCACUGUGCAAAAUUUUUUUACUGCACUGUGCAGCGGAUUUUUUCAACUAUUUUUCCCCAUUGCACUGUGCAAGCAUUUUUUGCUGCGUCGUCCAAAAUUUUUUUGACAUUCUUGCAAAAAGUUGUCCGCGGGUUCGUAGAGGAGUACAACAAGUAACACACCGCACUCCUGGAUAGUCCACACGAUCAUCUGCCAACCCUCUGCACUCCCAUUUUCAUCGACUGAAAGCGGGGAAUCAACUAGUCGGCACGAGAAUUCGAACCCUCCAUGGUCCGAGUAAAAGAGUGAACGCAUUCCCACUCGGCCACGUGAACACGGGUCCCUCUUGUUUUGAAAAAGAGGUUUUGGCGGGAAAAAGGAAGCGAUCUUUUUGUCGCACAGUGCGAAUGGAAGGAGAAGUGAUUGCACAGUGCAGAGGGAAGGUUUGAAGAUUGCACGGUGCAAUGGGGAGAAUAGUGGAGAAAAUUGACUGCACGGUGCAGAAAAAAAAUUUUGCACGGUGCAAUGGGGAAAAUAGUGGAAAAAUUUUUUUGCACGGUGCAAUGUGGAAAAUAGUGGAAAAAAUUGACUGCACGGUGCAGUAAAAAAUUUUAUGCACAGUGCAAUGGGGAAAAUAGUGGAAAAAGUCGGCUGCACUGUGCAGAAAUUUUUUUUUGUAUGAAAAGGUAGUGAGUGCAGAGUGGGGAAGUAAAGGAGUAAAAAGUUUUAGGGUUGAACUGCUGUUUUUUGAGAGAUUUUGUAUUAUUUUGACACUUGCGGUUGAUUUAAAAAAAAUUUUUUUGCUUGUUUUUGAAAUUUUUUUUUGUAUUUUAGCCGCCAAAGAAGACUCGAAUCGCGGAAUGGAACAUCUUCAAGAACACCAAAGAGCUUUUACUUCCACAAGCCGAAAGUUUGUCGCUGAUGGCCUUCCAAAGGAUCAUGGAAAACGAACGCCGCGCCAAUCAAGGAGGCGCUUUCCUAGCGCAACAUCAACUUCUCACCCGUCUGGCUACCCGUUACUUGUCAAAAACUCAUGAACAAUUCACAGAACUCUUGAUUGAAUACAUAAUUGCGGAUCAAAAAAAUCGCGCGGAAUUGGCGCUAUUGUGGCUGAAUGAACUAUUUAUUCAAUAUGGAGGAUAUUCGGUAGUCCUGACGGCGAAGGGAGAGCCGGACGCCAAGGAAAAGUAUAUUCGAUAUGAUACUGCACUGUGCUCGAUUUUGGGACUGCUCUUUAACAGGAAGGAUAACAAGGAAACGUAGGUGGUUUUGAGGAAAUUGGGACGAGAAAUUAAUUAUUUUUGGAUGAGAGGGAUUUGUGCAAAAUUUGGGGACGAUUGGAGCAGCGAGAAAUGAAAUUUUUAUAUUCACCAUGACGGUUUUGGUGAAAUUAUUUGAUUUUUGAUAGCUUUAGACUUUUAUUGGAACGAAUAUAGCAUAGAAAUGGUAUUUAGAAGAUUUUAGGAUUAUGUGAAUUAAAAAAAUCGGAAAUUUUUAUAUUAACCAUGAUAAAAAAUUGUUUAAUUUUGAAAAUUUCUCGCUUUUUUUGAGUCGGGGAAUGAAAUUUUCUUUUGUAAGAAACUGAGUUUUAUUCGUUAUUACAUUGUGGAAUACUGUAACAAAUAAUUUUUUCAAAAAAUUUUCAGUUUAUUCCAUCGAAUCCUCCUUGAAGUCCCAUUGGUGACACCGGCAGCUCUGACAUGGCUCAAAAAAUCCUGUCUGGACCCGAUUUACGGCGCCUUUGGAAUGACCACGCUAAGGGAAAUGAUUUUAACCCGGCCGAGGCAAAGGCCCGAACUUUUGAAAUUGUUCUUGUCCUUUUCAUACUACGAACCCGUGAUUUCUACGGAAAGAAGCGGUCAAGUCGUGUAUGAUGCAAGGGAUAAUGUGAGUUUUGGAUGGGAUUUUUGGGAGAUUUACGAGAAAAAACGAUUUUUUUUGACAAGGAUAUGACAAUUUUAAGCAAAACUUUAGUAUUUUUCAAGACUAGUACAUAAAAUAUUGUGCAUAUUGGGACAAAACAGACCCAAUUAACUAAUAAUUACCAUUUUUCCGUAUUUUACCGGUCAAAGUUUCAAAAAAUUGAAUUUUUCUCACAAGGAAAGUACUUUUAUUGGAUAUGGAGUCACCGGUCGAGAAAUAUAUCAAAAAAAUUGCAAAAAUUUUCUGGUUCAGAAUAUGUUAAAGUUGGCUGCCCAAUUUUGGUUUGUAAGGGCGAAAAAACCAUAUGAACUUCUCUCGCAACACCACGCAAAAUCCCUUUUUGACCAAGUUUUUACCAAUUGAAAAGCUUCUUUUUUGAGCUAAAGUAAAUCCUGGAAUCAUUUGACAGCCCUUAAAAGAUCAAAUUUGAUUAAAACGACAUCUUAAUUAGUAGUUCCAAUAUAAAAAAGGGGCGUUUAUUAAUUUUUUUACAUUGGAACUACUAAUUAAGGUGUAGUAUUAAUCAAAUUUUGAUAUUUCAAGGCUUAUCAAGAUGCCAGGGUUUACUUUAGCUCAAAACAAAACAUUUGAUUUGGUAAAAACUUGGUCAAGAAGGCAUUUGCGUGGUGUUGCGAGAAAAGUUCUGAUGGGUUUUUCGCCCUCACAAACCAAAAUUGGGCAGCCAACUUUCACGUAUUCUGAAUCAGAAAAAUUUUGCGAUUCUUUUGAUAUAUUUCUCGACCGGUAACUUCAUACCCAAGAGAAGUACUUUCCUUGUGAGAAAAAUUCAAUUUUUUGAAACUUUGACCGGUUCAAUACGAAAAGAAUGGUAAUUAUUGGUUAAAUUGGGUCUUUUUUGUUCCAGUAGACGCCUUAUUUUAUCAUUUAGUCUUGAAAAAUACUAAAAUCAUACUUAAAAUUAUAUUAUACUUACCUAAUUUCCAAAAUUUUUAGUGUGUGAACACCGCCAAAGAGCUGUACAUGGUCGACUAUAUCCGCGAUGACCUCCGUGAUGCUGUCGUUGAGAUGAGCUAUCAAUUGACGCUUCCGUUUGCCCCCAAAGACCUCAUAAUUCAAGUGCGCCGACUGUCGGCCGAGGAAAUCGAAGAGUUGCGCGACGAAACCCCAUGGGAAGAGGAGCUGGUGAAAGCUGCAAUCCACUUGUUAGUCGCUCUCCUACCCUCCGACGACUCGCUUCUGAUUCAUUUGGCUCAAAUUACGGCCAAAUCCACAAAAGAUGCCCAACGGACGAUCUUCAAUUGCAUUGUUCAAGCGAUUAAAGCCAUUGAUAUGCACUCAAAGGAGUUGCUGAAGACGAUCGAGGAAUGCCCCGUGGGCGCGGAGGUCCUCAUUGCGAGAAUUGUCAAUUUGCUGACGGAAAGAAGUAGGUUUGGAAACUUGGGCAGGGCGCAGCUCGCGCAGGAAAAAUCGGGAAUGAAUGGUUGGAAAUGGGAUUUUUUUGAGUUGAAUGAGGUUGCUGAGAGGCAAUAGAACGUUACGAAAAAUUUUUGAAUAAUUUUGCGUGGUUUGUCUGGGCGCAGCUCGCGGAAAAAAAUUAAGAUUUUUGGAAAAAAUGAAGUUUUAUGAUGAAAUAGGAGCUUUAGGAGCCAGCAGAAAUAAUCAAAAAUAUUUUUUAAUCACUUUGAGCCAUUGAAAAUAUUUAGGCAGGGCGCAGCUUGCGAUUAUGAUAAAAAAAUUUUUUUGCGGAAUUUAACUUGUUAGACAUAAUUAAUUGGACUUUUUAUGACUAGAAACGUGUCUCAUUAAUUUUUUCGAUUUUUUAUUUCUCUGGGCGCAGCCGGCCGAGCUCAAAUCUCAUCUAAUCCAUGUUUUUUUUCAGACGCCCCAACCCAAGAGCUGGUGGAGAAAGUCAAAGCAUUGCAUAAACAGAGAAAUACGGACAUACGAUCUCUUCUCCCGAUCAUGACUGGCUUUGAAAAGCAAGAAUUACUCGAAUUGAUACCUAAAUUCGUGAUGAACGCCACUUUCCAAAAGUCGGUACCGAUAUUCUUCAAAAAAUUGCUGUUUGGAAGGCAUAUUCAAACCCACGAACCGUUAUUGAGUCCUGUGGAAUUGCUACUGCAACUGCAUCAUUGUGAACCAAAAGGAAUGAUCGAAAUGGGUCAUCUUGUUCAUAGUAAGUGGGAUUGGUGAUAAUAAUGGAUUUUUAUUUGUGAGACGUAGUUUUUUUGGGGCAUAACUGAAGCCUGUCGAGGCUGUGGCCGUAAUUUUAGAGCUUUUAUGGGCGAAAAAAGUUGUUUUUGAGGUCUGCACGGUGCAGAAAUUUAACUUUUGGUUAUUGCACUGCGACUGAAAGGGAUGAGAGUUUGCAUUUACUAUGUAAAGUCGUCUAUUGCAAGCCGUUUUUAAUGGCGUAAAAAGUUUUUAAAUCUUUUGCGUUCUGCACUGUGCAGCGAGAUUUGUUUUUCAACUGCACUGUGCAGAUGAAAAUUUUUUUUGCUAUUGCACGGUGCGAGGGAGGUUUUGGAGAAAAUUUUGGACGUGUGAGAAAAACUAGGGGCAUUUGAAUUGCUAGGAGCAGAAAUUAUAAAAAUUUUUCUUCUUUCGGCCAUAGAAUUUGACAUUUUUUGAUUUUCUGCACGGUGCAGUCAAUUUUUUGAAUAUUUGCACUGUGCAGACGAAAAGUUUUUUGUAAUUGCACAGUGCGAAGGAGGUUUUGGAGAAAAUUUUGAACUGUAUGAGAAAAAUUAGGCGUAUUUGAAUUGCCAAGAGCGGAAAUUAUAAAAUUUUUCUUGUAUUGGCCAUAUGAAAUUGAGUAUUCUAGAUUUUCUGCACUGUGCAGAUGAAAAUUUUUUUGUAAUUGCACGGUGCGAAGGAGGUUUUGGAGAAAAUUUUGGACUGUGUGAGAAAAAUUAGGCGUAUUAGAAUUGCCAAGAGCGGAAAUUAUAAAAUUUUUCGAGUAUUGGCCAUUGAAAUUGAGAUUUUUUGAUUUUCUGCACGGUGCGGUCACUUUUUUGGAAUAUUUCGACUUUCGAUGGGCCUAAAGGAUGUUUUAAUUAUACAUUUUGUUUUUCAGACACCGACUUGCUGAUUGUCGACCGGUCUGGCCUUUUCAACCUCGGCAAAGAAGUUGUGGCCCAGGCCUUGGAGGUCCUCCUAAAUGAAUAUCCCUUCUCAAAACUCCUAUUCCACUCACUUCAGAAGAUUUACGACAGAUAUCCAUCACUCAAAGGCUUCAUUAUUAAAAUGCUGACCAACGUCGCCGAACGCUACGACAAGGACGAGGACCUGCAGAGAUUGGUCGCCAAACUACAACAAGGUCAACGAGACCCAUUGGCGGUUCAGAAUUAG